AUGGGCGACGCAUCUGAAACACUGGCACCAGCAAGCCUUGCUGGUAAUGAUGGUCGACCCAGCCAAAUCCUGACAGCAUUCUCUCUAGAUGAACCCACGAUUGAUGAUGUUCGACGGCUGCGAGUGGCAGUUAUAGGAUCUGGCUUGUCAGGGGUGCUAGCUGGAGUAUUACUGCCAGCGAAAGUCCCCAAUAUUCAAUUGACAAUAUUCGAGAAAAACAAUGAAGUGGGAGGUACAUGGUUAGAAAAUAUCUAUCCAGGGGUCCGAUGUGAUAUCCCAGCCAACGUCUAUCAAUCCACUUUCUCACCCAAUACUCAAUGGUCACAACAAUUCGCCGAAGGGGCCGAGAUUCGAGACUACUGGCAGGCUAUUGCUCGUAAGUACAAUGUAUAUCGAUACAUCAGAUUCGGUCAUCAGGUCACUGGUCUAGAAUGGAACGAAUCCACCGGCAAAUGGCAGGUAGGUCUCAAGACGACAGAACAAGACACCACGGAGGACUUUGACUUUGUGUUACCCGCAAUUGGCCACUUCAACGACUGGAGACUCCCUGACUACCCGGGACUCGAAGAGUACAAAGGGCACCUGCGACACACCUCAAAUUGGGAUCCGACGUACGAUCCAACCGGCAAGAGAGUCGCCGUCAUCGGCAACGGCGCAAGCGGCAUCCAAGUCGUACCGAAUCUGCAACGCAUAGCCAGCCAUGUCGACCACUACGCGCGGAACAAGACCUGGGUGGCCGCCAGCUGGGCAGGCGACGAACGGACGUUCGAGCCCCAAUACUUCUCGGCCGAACAGCUCAAAUCAUUCGAAGACCCGGAAGCAUACCUCGCGUUCCGCAAGGACCUGGAGCAGAAAUACUGGCGCGGGUUCCGGGGCGUGUUUCGAGGCACCGAACAGAACGAAAAAGUCCGCAACACAUCCAUCGACCUGGUGAAGAAACGCCUGGCCUCCCGCCCGGAACUCGUUGACGACAUCAUCCCCUCCUUCUCACCCAGCUGCCGCCGUCUCACGCCGGGGCCAGGCUACCUGGAAGCGCUCCUCGCACCAAACGUAACCUACAUCCAAACCCCGAUCAGCCACUUCACCGCGACGGGCAUCGUGACCACCGACGGCGUCCACCGCCCCGUCGACGCCAUUUUCGCCGCCACCGGCGCCAACACGGACUUCAAGCCGCCCUUCCCCAUCAUCGCCGACGGCAUCGACCUGCGCAGCGCGUGGAAACCCGGCGGCAAAUGGGGCUAUCCACACACGUACCUGGGGUUCGCGACGCCAGGCUUCCCGAACCUCCUGUGGAUCCUCGGGGCGCACGCGGCGGGCGCAUCGGGCACGGUCCCGCACGCGGUCGAAACCCAACUGACAUACUACGCCAAGCUGCUGCGCAAAGUGUCGUCGCAGGGAAUCCGCAGCGUCGCGCCGUCAGCCGCCGCCACGGACGAUUUCAUCGCCUAUGCGAACCGGUUUUUCCCCGCGACCGUCUUCUCGGAGGAUUGCUCGUCGUGGGCGAAUAGUGGGGUGGCGGGCUCGUUCAUUCAUGGCCAUUGGCCUGGCAGUGCUGCACACUUGACGCUGGUGAGGAGGGAGCCACGGUGGGAGGACUGGGUAUAUGGAUAUGGUGGCGAUGGCGAAGGUGAGGGUGGGCAGGGGAAGGUUAAUCGGUUCGAGUAUUUCGGCGCGGGCUGGACGAAGAGGGAGUUGGACCCCAAUGUUGAUAUUACGAGUUAUCUGAAGAGGCCUGGUGAGGACGUCGAUCUCAGGAAUCUGCAUGAGAACUGGUGGGAGUGA